CGCGUUCGCGGCUGAUACAACUUGACGGUGCCGAAUACCGAAGCUAAUGCGUUCUAUAUGGUCCAGGAAUUGCUCUAGGGCAAGCUCUUGAGCUUCAUCAAGUACUUGAUUUAUUGGAGGACGUGUAGAUCGACUAUUGCCUCCAUGGUAGGCACGUAGGAGGCGGUCGUAGGGUAGGCCAUAGUCGCGAGCAUACUGCGCAAUGUACAAAAUUUUGGCGGCAUCAGUGAUUGAUUGUGCUUGUUCGGCAUACGUAGGCAUGAUAGCGGCAUUUUAUUAUUGAAGAGCAGGCUUGGUUGUGGAGGUUCACGGCUUCAAAAGAUAAUAUUGUAUUAUUCUACGCGUUGAGCUAGUAUUUGUGUUGAGCUUGUAGGCCCGCGCUACGCGCGCGCGUUCGCGAAGCGAAUUUCGAAAAACCGGUGAGGGGCCGAGUAUCGAAUCCAGAAGAGAAGGUUCCUGCAAUGGAAACGACCGAUCGAGAUGUGUACUCCAAAGCUGGCGUCUGGAACAUCCAGUGCUCGUCCAAUAGGUAUAUUUUCCUCCUAUAUGCUACUUUGUCUCUCACUCGCCAUCUUAAUCUUGCGAUCGUUGUACAAAAGUUCCCAGCGCCGUUCAUUUGCUCAAAAUUUGAAACCAAAUCAAUCUAGGAGUACUAGACGAGUCGUUCUAUUCACUGUCCUUUCUGCGAUCAGUCUUGGCACGACGUGGUACUAUAUGUUCUGCUUCUUCUCUCACUCAUAUCAACAAUGGUCAUCUAGACAAUCUAUACACCUUUCGGUAGACGGAUCCCUCGAGCUUGGAGCCUGGCUGAGGGACACAAAGCUAUUCAAAGAAGCCUGGGGCACCGCGCUCGAAACCCCGGAACGCUUCUGGUGGACGCAGCAGAUCUUCUUCUUCACAUCUAUAUGGAGCGUCUUCCUCGGGCAACAAGGCUUCUCCCGCCGCAUCCCUCAUCUCUGGGCCUACAUGCUCCUAGGCCAAGUCGUCGCCAUCUCCUUCGCAACAAACCUCUUCUUCCUCGCCGUCUCGCUGAAUCCCGCCUCACCACCGGCCUUUCAGCAAGACCCAUCGCGCUGGACCCCGCCAUUGUCAAUUCUCCUCAUCCCUUUACUCGCGACCUUCGUCAGCACGGGUAUGAUGCCCAUCUCAGUCUCGAAGCCGUACUUCAUGUACAUAUUGCUUUUGCCUCAUUUCGCGCUAUUUAUGCCGCCUGUGUUGUAUAGUGUUGUGCCUCAGUCUUGGGGCACGACCCAUAGGUCUCUGAAAGCAGCGGAGCGGUACUAUGAACGUGUUUAUUCUCUCCUUGUCAUGCUGUCAAUUGUAUUCAUAGCGCUAGCGUCGAGAACAGCUUGGGGUGGGGUAUUGACGGCGCUGUAUGAGCAUCCCGCUGUCAGCAGUGUGGGAUGGGACGUCAUUCUUUGCUGGAUAAGCUGGGGGUUCUGGACGCUCGUGCAGCAGUUCGGUGCGAGCGAUGUCAGGAGAGAGGGGAAGGGAAAGCAACUUUAGUAGACGUAGGAGACUGUUUUGAUGCGACUCUUAUCGUCGAGCUACUACAACAACUCCCCUGACGAUUCCAGUACGUGCCCACCACCCGAAGAGCCACUUCGCUGCUUUGAGACCGCCGAGCCCUAGUCCAAUCG